AUGGAGACCUCUGCUUUUGUUAAACAGCUAGCGUCUAACAACAGGGUUGUAAGAGAAGAAGCGUUAGAAACUCUGAAGAAAUACUUGACCACCAGACAGUUCAAAGAUAGCAAACAGUUACAAUUUGACAAGCUAUGGAAAGGUCUGUACUAUGCAAUGUGGUUCAGCGAUAGACCUAGGCCACAACAGAGGCUGGCUUCUGCCCUUGCCGGACUACACGAGCUUUACUUUGACGCUAGAGACAACAAACAGCUGACAACUUCCAAGAACGAUGACGAGGACGAGGAUUCAAUCACCCGUCUGACACUGAAUGAUAAGGCGUUUCUCAAAUUCAGUAAAGCAUUUUGGCGUGUGAUGUGUUUGGAAUGGUACAGUAUCGACCACCACCGUCUUGACAAGUACCUGAUGCUGGUCAGACGGGUGCUGGCUAGUCAGCUGCGAUACCUGCAACUUAGAGAAUGGGCUCCUGCCGUCGUCUCGAACUAUAUCCGUGCUGUGCUUCGCAAAAUGCCCUUGAGUGGUGACAAGAAGAUCUACAACGGCAUUCCAUUCCACAUCAUCGACAUCUUCGGCGACGAAUGGGAGAAAUUGAUUUUCGGCAGUGAGGAUGACGAAAACGAGGAAAAGGAUCAAGAUUCAGACUCUGUGGCAGAAUAUCAGCGUGAAAAGAUUGCAGAAACGCCGCUUACGUUGUUUAUCGACAUCUUUAGAGACCUGUCGUCUGAUACGAACAACGUCAAGACCAUGCGUGAUAAGAUCAAGGAGGACAUUUUCAAAGACGAAAGAUUCAGCAGCUGGGGUGUGCUCGACAACGUCGAUGCGGACAACGUCGAAGAAGAAGAAUGGACUGGUUUUUAA